AUGUCGCUCCUCACUCAGCCCGCACCUGCACCUGCGCUGGAUCGCAACAGCCAGAACUCGCGCGAGAAGGAAGGGCCCGUGGGCUACCAGCCCGUACAGGAGCCGUACCGCACCCACAGCGGCCACAUCGCCAAUGACGACCUGAUUGCGGUCGCCUCGAGCCACCGGCGCAUCGCCAACCCUGUGCCCAUGGCGAUGUACGGCUUUGGCACGACGCUGCUCCUCUACUCGCUGUACAAUCUGCACGUCGCCGGCGUGCAGACGCCCAACGCCAUCGUCUCGGUGGCCAUCUGCUUUGGCGGCUUCACCCAGGUGCUCGCCGGCCUCUGGGAGUUCGUCAGCGGCAACACGUUCGGUGCCACUCUGUUCGUGUCCUAUGGCUGUUUCUGGUGGGGCAUCGCCACGCUCUUCGUCCCGUUCUUCGGUCUCACCGGCACGUACGACGGCGUGCCGAAUAUCUACUCGCCUCAGGGCCUGGGCGCGACGGAGACCGCUGAUGCGUUCGGCCUCUACCUCUUCGUCUGGAUGGGCAUCACUCUGGUCUUCCUCUUCUCUUCGCUGCGCUCGAGCGUCGCCAUGAUCGCUUUCUUGGCGCUCCUCACCGUCACGCUGGGCCUCCUCGGCGGCUACCAGUACAUGCAGAUGGCGAGCCUCGAGCGUGCUGGAGGUGCUGUCGGCUGUGUCACCGCCUUUGCGGCGUACUGGUGCGGAUCCUCUAGCUUCUUCACCCCCCGUACUACGUACUUUCAGCUGCCUGUGGGCGACCUGAGCCUCAAGGAUUAG